UACAGUGUUUCGUCCAGUGCGUAGAUCGAAAUUUCAAUUUAAAAACAACUAAACAUAAAUAGAUAAACAAACAAACAAACACACAGGUAACUGGAAGACUCCAGUAGGGAAGUUUUAGUAGGCUAUAGGGAAUGCUUUGGGUAGAAAAUUGCAAAGAAUAAACUAAAUACUAAGUCGUAUGUCAUUUUAAAUACUUAGCUGACGCCCUGUUUGGUUUUGGUUUUGUGUUUGUUCCCAAAGAAGGCGUGUUGCAAUUAUGGGAUGUUUUGUGGCCCCGCCCCUUUCAAAUACAUACCGCGUCAGCACCUCCCUCCUCUGCGCCUUGUCUCGUGGCCUUGUCCUUGAGCACUACAGACUAAAAGGACAACACGGCUGGGGAGGGUGUGUUUUUUUUUGUCCCGUCUGGCAGUAGUGAACACAGGAGCUUCUCUCAACCAGGACUGAUCAUGAUGUCCUACCUGAAACCAGCACCGUACGCAGUGAACGGACUCAGUCUGACUACUACUGCAAUGGAGCUGCUGCAUCCGACUGUGGGCUAUCCAGGAGCGCCCCGUAAACAGAGGCGCGAGCGGACGACGUUCACUCGCGCGCAGCUCGACGUGCUCGAGGCGAUGUUCGCCAAGACGCGCUACCCGGACAUCUUCAUGCGCGAGGAGGUGGCCAUGAAGAUCAACCUUCCUGAAUCCCGGGUGCAGGUGUGGUUCAAAAAUCGAAGAGCGAAAUGUCGUCAACAGCAGCAGCAAUCUCAGCCUGCCACGCAGAAUAAAAGCCGACCUGUCAGCAAAAAGACUUCUCCAGCCAGAGAGGCGAAUCCGGAGAGCAGCAGCAGCAGCAGCAGCAGUGGCCCGUUCACCAGCACCUCCAGCACCUCCUUACCGGCCGUGUCCACCAGCACGGCCCCUGUGUCCAUCUGGAGUCCUGCUUCCAUUUCUCCGAUCUCUGAGCAGCUCUCUUCCUCUUCUUCUACCUCCUCUUCCUCCUCCUCUUCUUCCUCAUCUUUAUCCUGUAUGCAGCGCUCUUACCCGGUCACCUACACGCAGGCGCCCGGAUACAGUCAACACUACGCGGGCACAGCGUCCUAUUUCAGCGGAAUGGACUGUGGCUCCUACCUCGGGCCUGUGCAUCACCAGCUGAGUGGCCCCGCAGCCACGCUGAGCCCGACAGGCACGAGCACGGUCAGCAAUCACCUGAGCCCCUCAUGUUCACUCACACCUCAGGGCUACGUAACUUCCGGGCUCGGGAUCAGCGCGCCGUCCGACUGCUUAGAUUACAAGGACCAAAGCGCUUCUUGGAAGCUCAGCUUCAAUAGCGACUGCUUGGAUUACAAAGAUCAAACCUCUUCGUGGAAAUUUCAAGUUUUGUAAUAAAAAAUAAGACCAGAAAUAUUAAUUUAUUGAAUUUAUUCGAUGAAUAGGAUACUGUUGUAGAAUUCUCCCCUCCAAAACAGUGAUAAUGAAAGAAUCUGUGCCGAGUUUGUCAUGUUUUAACUCAGGCUACUGAAUUAUAUUUUUAUUAAGACACAGGGACAAAAUGUUAACCAUGAUGUUAACCAUGACCACCAAUGAAACUCAUAACUUAAAACUCUCCGUUCUGAAAACGUCUGGCAAUCCGAAGUAGAUAUUUUUAUUACUAUUAUGCACUAUUUUAUUUAUGACAAGAAUUUUUUAAAAUGCUUGUUUUUGCUGUAGAAGACAAUCAGUGUAUAUAAACGUUAUUGUACCCAGAUUUUCGUUUUUUGUUUUGUUUUUUACAUUUUUUGUAGCCAAAAUCUUUUUGAAGUUGUCGUAGACUAUCUGAGGUAUCCUCCAAGCUGUAUGUUUCGAUAAACUAGUUAUUGUUAUUGUUGUUGUUGUUGUUGUUGUUGUUGUUGUUUUUAGGUUGUUGAUGACGCUAAAUUAUUCAUGGGUUUGUUAAUACAU